UCCUUGGCUGGCAUUCGGAAGAGAUUAUAAGCACGAUUAGUCUAACUUUUUAAAUAUCUAUACAGGAUAAUUUUUUUAUAGAAUUUUGUGAGGUUGUAUAUGAAGGUUGUGCAGUGUGUGUUCCAAGAAUUUACAGUGAUGCUGAGAUGAAAAAGUUGCUCCUUUAUUAAGAAAUAAUAGAAGUACAAUACAAGCUGCGCCGCUGCUUCUAGACUGCAAUAUUCAUUGGUUAAAUUUCUGUCUCUUUACGCCUGGAUUCGAAUUACCGAAUAAAUAGACAACAGUUGUGUUUCAUAAUCUAAAACAAUCUUAUCAAUGGAUUCUACAAAGCAAGAACCGACUGAUGAAGUAUAUAUAAUGGAUGACACUGAAAAUUACAUAAAAUUCUCUCUUGCUAUAACGACUCCUGUAAUUGAAUCCAUAUUAGAUGAAUUUGAGGAUGAAUGUCGGAAAAUGAAAGGAAAAUGCCUUGACAUUGGCUGUGGAGCCGGAAAUUAUAGCAGAGAGUUAAUUUUGCCGAGAUUGUCCCCAGAGUGUAGUUUAGUGGGGGUUGAUAUCUCUGAAAAUAUGAUCGAUUGCGCCCGAAAAUUGUGCGCUGACGAAAAACGAAUAACAUUUAAGGUAAUGGAUAUUGAAACAACCGAUUUAAAAAUAGAGGACAUUGAAGCCUAUGACAAUGGAUUUUCAUUCUUUUGCCUUCAUUGGCUUCGAGACUUGAGAUGCGGGUUUGAGAACAUUUUUAAACUAUUGACCCCAGGAGGGAAUAUGAUAGCUCUGCUCGUUGUUGAAUCAUGUAUGCUUUUUGCAUAUCCAAAGCUUGCUGAAUAUCCGCAAUAUAAGGAAUAUAUGAAGGAUUAUUCGAGAUACAUAACAUCUAUCCAUUAUGAAAAAAAUCCACUCACAUCACUGAAGAAGAUUUGUCAAGAAGUUGGGUUCGAAGUAAUACACCUUAGCAAGAGGGAAUCAGUGCCGGGAUUCAAAAAUGAAGGAGAAUUAAUGAAAUUUCUGGUUACCUUAAAUCCUUUUAUUGGCCGAAUGCCAGAGAGUAUGCGCGAUGAAUAUAAGCGUGACUUAUUGCAAGAAUCUUUGAAACACGGACAAUUUUACAAAAGAGUGGGAAAACAUGCCUCGCAAGAACAAAAUUUGUUUGGCGAAUACAAGUAUAUGGUGAUCCACUUGAAGAAGCCUAAUAUUUAGAACUCUGAGAAGAAUGAGACACAAAUAAUUGAGAAUUUUGACUUUAGCAUUAAAGUUAAGGAAUCUAGGAAUUAAGAAAUGAGUCUAAGCCUAAGUCAGCAUUAUUUACCAUUGUUUCGAAAUUAUAUUUAAGCAUCAGGAUCCAUAUAUAUG